AAUGCAUGCGGAGUCGAAACCCUAAAUUCACAUUUAGGGUUUGUGAAGAAUGGAAUGGUGAUCCGCCGGAUCGUCUUGUCCGUGGCCAGAACGAAGAAGCGAUCCUCGUCGACGGUAGGCCAGCUCGCGAAAUGCGCGGAAAAAUCAUCGUCACUGGGAGCUGCAACAGCAGCAGCAGCGCCAUCGCCGGCGCCAGAUCCAGAGCUUUGCAGAGCCUUGCAAGCGCGGGGAAUCCCCAUCGCAACCGCGGGCAAGCUCUCAGCGCUUAGCGGCGAGCAGGCCGCACGGCGAUUGGACGCGCUGGAAAGAAUCGGCUACCAGGGCGAUGAUCUCAAGGGCAUGCUCUUCUGGGGCCCAAUCGCGAAUGCCGGCAGUGCCGUGGACGUGGAGCAGCGCCUCCAGGAGCUCACGGCGGCGCUGGCAGCGCUGCGCGUGGACAGGGAGAUCUGGGCGACGAUUGUGAGCCAGCACAAGCGCUGGAUCUUCGCAGUGGAUGCCAGCGAGUUCCAGCAGAAUCUCGCCAACCUCUGCUCGCUGGUGCUAUCCUUCCAGCGAUUCAAGGUGGAUCUCAGCAAGUGGAUCGUCCAGAUGCGUCCCAGCGACAAGGAAACUCUCGAGGAGACGACGAACUUCUUGCUCGAGCAGGCCGGCAGCGAGAAGGCCUUCUGCAAGGUCGUCCAGUGCGUUCCCAUGGUGCUCCAGUACGACGUGGAGAAACACCUCCAGCCCCGGAUCACGACGAUGGAGAGCUUGGGAUUCUCCCGCGAGCAAAUCACCAAGAUCAUCUACCAGUUCCCAAAGAUCCUCACCGUCACCCCGGAGCGUCUCACCGCAGUGGUGGGCUAUCUCACCGAGGAGCUGGGCUUCUCCAGCGAUCAGGCGUGCCGGGUGAUCACCAUCUUCCCUCGCUUCUCCACCAGCAAGCUCAAGGUGAUCUCCGGGAAAGUGGACUACUUCGUGAGCUUGGGCAUGCAAAGGAGCAAGGUCCGGCUGAUGCUGCGGAAGAAUCCAUCCAUGGUCGGGCUCAACAUCGAGCGAGGAGUGAAACCGAAGCUCGAGUUCCUGGCCAGCCUCGACUUCAAAGGCGACGAUCUCGACUACCUCCUGUCCGCGCACUCGGGAGUGUUGACGAGAAACAGCCAGGCGAUGGAAGGCCGGCUCAAUCUCCUCCUCCGCCAUGGAUUGUCGCGCGACGAGUGCUCGCUGCUGCUGCGCAAGAAGCCCAGCAUCUUCAACCUCGGGGACGAGCUCCUGAGCAAGAAGCUGGCGUACUACACCCGGGUGAUGAAGCAGCCGCUCAGCAGCCUUUGCCACUUCUCGUCGUAUCUCACGUUCAGCAUGGAGGCAAAGGUGGUGCCGCGGACGACGUUCCAGCACUGGCUCUACAUGAGCGGCCUGGCCAGGAAGGAGUUCUCGCAGCCUUACAUGAUCAUGCUCUCGUCGGAAAGGUUCACGAGGAGAUUUCUCGGCGGGGACGAAGCUCUCCAAGCCUACGGCAAGUUUGUGAGAUCUCAGCUUGCUACUGUUCGACAAAGCACGAAAGCGGAAGCUCCCGAGCCUUCGUAGACCACUGUGAAGAUCAUCCAUCGUGGAAGGUCGUAGACCACAGUGGAGAACUUCGUACACCACUUUCUUCUCGAGAUUUUGAUAAGCUGUG